AUGAUUACUCGAUCUUUGGCCGCCGCAUACGGGCCUCGUUUGCUCCCGCGGCGCCAGCUAUCAAUCCCAUCAUGCUACCGUCCAUUCUCUGCCUCCAGAUGGACCCUCUCUCCAGACGUCUACCAUGCACAGCGUGAGGACCCUGCAGCCUCGGCCAUUCUCUCAUCCAUCGAAUCCUCCACGGCCGCAACCCCUGUGCCCCAGACACUGGUUGAGAAGAUCGUCCAAAGGUUCUCCGUUGGCCUGCCGCAGGGCAAAUAUGUGCGGUCCGGUGACUACGUCACCAUCUCCCCCUACAAAUGCAUGACACAUGACAACUCGUGGCCCGUCGCGCUGAAGUUCAUGUCCAUCGGUGCAUCCAAGCUGCAGGAUCCCAAGCAGGUCGUCAUGACCUUGGACCAUGACGUGCAGAAUAGAUCCGAGAAGAAUCUGCAGAAGUAUCGGCAGAUUGAGCAGUUCGCCAAGACUCAUGAGGUGGAUUUUUAUCCCGCGGGCAGGGGGAUUGGGCACCAGAUCAUGGUUGAGGAAGGGUACGCUUGGCCAGGCACUCUUGUCGUGGCGUCUGACAGCCACUCGAACAUGUAUGGGGGUGUGGGAUGUCUGGGUACCCCAGUUGUUAGGACAGACGCUGCCAGCAUCUGGGCAACGGGGAAGACAUGGUGGCAGAUCCCCCCCGUCGCAAAAGUCACCUUUACAGGUGUCCUGCCCAAGGGCGUGACGGGGAAGGACGUCAUUGUCGCUCUCUGCGGUCUUUUCGACAAGGACGACGUGCUCAACCAUGCCAUCGAAUUUGCAGGAUCAGAAGCAACCAUGAGAAGUCUAGCGAUAGAUGACAGACUUACCAUCGCUAACAUGACGACAGAAUGGGGUGCUCUGGCCGGUCUCUUCCCCGUGGACAGCGUCUUGAAAGGUUGGCUGAGAUCGAAAGCCACAACCGCUGCCAUGUGGGGCUCGUCUGUCGACGGACUUCCGAGUUCUGCAAAUACCCGCUUCACCCACCCACUGCUCGAUAAAAUGUUUGAACAGCCCCUUGCCGCAGACAAGGGAGCCCAAUACGCCAAAGAACUCUAUCUAGAUCUCUCCACCCUCCCCCCUUAUGUCUCAGGUCCUAAUUCCGUAAAAGUCGCUAGCCCGCUGAAUGAGCUGGAAGCGCAGGACAUCAAGGUUAACAAAGCCUAUCUCGUCUCGUGCACUAACUCCAGAGCAUCUGACCUCGCCGCUGCCGCCAAGGUCUUUAAGGAAGCCGCUGCAAAGAACAACGGCAAAAUUCCGAAAUUGGCAGAUGGUGUCAAGUUCUACAUCGCAGCCGCUUCCAUCCCUGAACAAAAAGCUGCAGAGGAAGCAGGCGACUGGCAAACGCUUAUCGAAGCAGGAGCAGAACCACUCCCAGCCGGCUGUGGACCUUGCAUUGGUCUUGGGACCGGUCUUCUGGAACCAGGUGAAGUCGGCAUCAGCGCCACCAAUCGCAACUUCAAGGGACGGAUGGGAAGCACAGAUGCUAAGGCGUACCUUGCCAGCCCUGAAGUGGUAGCCGCCAGUGCACUAAGCGGCAAAAUCAGUGGACCGGGCUGGUAUGAGAAGCCGGAGAGUUGGACGGGUGUUGUCCGUGGCGAGGGCGACGGUGUCAAGGAAGAGGACCGGAUGCUCACGGCCGAAGAGGCUAUCGAGAAAGUCAUUAACCAGCUUGACAACAUGGUCGAAGACGCCGAGAAGAUUUUCGGGAACGAGUCCUCUUCCUCCUCGACCUCAGCCACCGCAUCCCCACAACAAUCAAAAAACUCAUCGGACAACUCCUCCUCCCUCACAGAAGUCUACCCGGACUUCCCCUCCCGCGUCUCCGGCGAGAUAAUCUUCUGUGACGCCGACAACAUAAACACCGACGGCAUCUACCCAGGCAAAUACACCUACCAAGACAACGUAACCCGCACCCAAAUGGCCGCCGUCUGCAUGUCCAACUACGACGCCUCCUUCUCCACCCUCGCGCGCCCCGGCGACAUCCUAGUGACAGGCUUUAAUUUUGGCUGCGGCAGCUCUCGCGAGCAGGCCGCCACCGCCAUCCUGGCCAAGGACAUCCCGCUCGUCGUCGCGGGCAGCUUUGGCAACAUCUUUUCGCGGAAUAGCAUCAACAACGCACUUAUGGGGCUGGAGGUGCCUCGGUUGGUGUCGCGGUUGAGAGAGGUGUUUGGGGGCCAGGGGAAGCUGACGCAGAGGACUGGGUGGAAGUUGACGUGGGAUGUUAGGAGGAGUUUGAUUGAGGUGCAGGAGGGAGAGGGGGGCCCUAAGUGGACGCAUCGGGUCGGUGAGUUGCCGCCUAAUGUGCAGGAGAUUAUUGCGCGGGGUGGGCUGGAGAAGUGGGUUAAGAAUGCGAUUGCGGAGUUGUAG